UUAUACGUGCUCUCAGACACCUCUUGAAAAUUUUGUCCAGCUGAGCAGUGACUUCUGUGUUGUCAUGAAAGCAGGACAGAUCAUGAUGCCUGUCUUGGGAGAGCAGGCUGUGAUGGGGACAAGACUGUCCGGGAUGUCCAGCUGUCUGACAAAACUGACCACAAUGCUGCUGACCCACAGAAUCAGGGCUCUGUUUAUCCUUACCAUUUCUUUUGUGUUCCUUGCCUCUGUCAUGUUCUACUUGAGAACUGGGGAGGAUGCUGAGAGCUACCUCUACAGCUUGCCUACAAAAAGGAGGUGUGAACUGUUUUUACCUUUCCUUCCCCAUCCUGCUGCUGAUGGACCCCCUUCUUCACCAGGCAAUGUGUAUUUUGUGGAGACCUCGGAGCAAACUAACCCCAGUUACCUCUUCACAUGCUCUGUGGAGUCAGCAGCCCGAACACACCCUGGCACAAGGGUUGUGGUGCUCAUGAAAGGCUUGGCAAGUGGGAAUGCCUCCUUACCCAACCACUGGGGCUUCUCCUUGCUGAGCUGCUUCCCUAAUGUGGAAAUCCGUCCCCUGGACUUGCUGGAGCUUUUCUCAGGGACUCCUCUGGCUAAGUGGUACUCGCAGUCUGAGCACCAGAAGGAACCUUAUUUCUUACCUGUGCUGUCUGAUGCCUGCAGGAUUGCCAUCAUGUGGAAAUUUGGUGGCAUCUACCUGGAUACAGACUUCAUUGUGCUUAAGAACUUAAAGAACCUCAGCGAUGCCCUUGGUAUCCAGUCUCAGGAUGUACUGAAUGGGGCCUUUCUGUCCUUUAAACCCAAACAUGAGUUCAUAGAGCUUUGCAUGCAGGACUUUGUGGAGAACUACAAUGGCUGGAUAUGGGCCCAUCAGGGCCCAGGGCUCUUAACUCGUGUCUUCAAGAAGUGGUGCUCCAUCAGCAAUAUCCAGAACAACAUGAACUGCAAAGGUGUAAGUGCUCUUUCCCAAGAAGCAUUUUAUCCCAUUCAGUGGCAGGAUUGGAAAAAGUUAUUUGAAGCUAUCAGCUCCUCAGAGCUUUAUAAGCUCCUAAAGAACACCUAUGCAGUGCAUGUAUGGAACAAACUGAGCCACGGGACAAGGCUAGAGAUCACAUCCCAGGCUUUGCUGGCUCAGCUGUAUUCUCACUUCUGCCCUGCCACAUAUGCAAAGAUGAAGAGAGACUCUUGAGGAGCAGUGAAGUCCUAUAAUGUGACCUGUGGGCCUUAGGCUGCAGAAAAAUUCUCCAACCCGAAGGAACCUGAGUGCCUUUUACCUUCUACAGAGUUGGUUUCUAGCCUAUGGAGCAGGAAUUCUAUGUGACAACUCAGUGAUUGUGUACUAUUGCCAGUAUCUGCCUCAGAUACUAUAUGCUUCAAAUAUACACCAGUCCAGUUUGGACUCCUUUGUUGUCCUUCAGUAGCCCUUGAUGCUGCAGGGAUGGGUGAACUUGUUCACUGAACAGUUGCUCCUCUAUUGCUGCUCUCUAAAUUUUCUGAAAUGGCAGACCUGAAAUGUCUCUUGUGUAGUUCCAUCAGCUGUAGGAACCCUUGGCUUGUCCUCUGUAAAGUUUCUAAAUAUGUAAAUAAAUACUACCCAGUCUAUGUGACACAUUUUAGAAGACUGCAGGACAAAAGUCCCUGAGUGGUAAAGAUUCUUAUGGCUGAUGAAAUCACGGGGAAUACAUGAAAAUUGCUAUAAGAAAUGGAAAAUAUUUUAAGUCCCUGCGUGGCGCAGUGUAAAGUUUACCUUGUUUCCCAAAGGUACUUUAUUUCAAGUUAUCUUGUCUCCUGUUACAUUCCACAGCCAUAAGCCAAUUUUUCUGGUCAUCUUUGGAAAAAGAAGUAGCCAAAAGCAGUCCUUUUACCUGUGUGAGUAAAGAUUUUUGCUUUGCUGGAGAAAUUCUCAUGGUGUGUGAACAUCUAACCAGCCCUUGUCACAUGCUUAGAGGGUCUCAGUAUCUGCCUUGGAUUGCAAAUCCAAGGGGGGUCUCAGUACCUGCAUUGGAACAAGAAGGAAAAUCAAUACCUUCCUGUCACUGGAGUAUUGAACACACUGUGGA